AGAGUCGCGCCUGCCUUCUCCGCAAUCCAUCACCGAAGAAGUUGGAAGCUCUUGUGCUCCCAGCUUUCCAUCAGUCCGUUUCCGCCCAUACACAUAGACAACAAUGGCUGCGACAAAGAUGCAAGCGCCGCUGAGCAUCCUCAGGGCUUCCGCUCCUCUCACUCGCCCAAUCCACACAUCCGUCUUCUACGCCGCACAACGACCGCAAGCCUUGUCCUCGGCCCUCGUCCUCUCACGCCAUGCGUCAUCUGCCGCUUCGACCUCGUCCACUCCCACGCAGUCGCAAACACCACAGCUCUCAUGGGAUGAGUUUCUCAAGCUUCGCCGUUCUCGCCGCUUCAUCAACCUUGGCUCCUCUGCCCUCAGUGGUGCCGCCAGUGUCGCCAUCGCCGUUCCGGCUUUCGCCGAGUUCGAGAUUGAGAACAUUGGCGCACAAAUGACUGGUCUGGAUCCCAUGUUUGUCAUUGGUGGUAGCUUGAUGGGUGUUGGUGCUGUUGGUUGGUUGUUGGGUCCCUUCUUGGGAACCGCUUUUUUCAACAUCUGGAAGGGAAGCGUGAGGAAAGAGUUUGCCAGGAAAGAUAAGGACUUUUAUUCGCACAUCAAGAGAUUCCGCGCCGACCCUGCUAGCUCCUCUGUCAACAACCCCGUUCCAGAUUACUACGGCGAGAAGAUCAACAGCGUCGCCGAUUACAGGCGAUGGCUGAAGGACCAGAGAGCCUUCACCAGAAAGAAGAACAAGAACCUGCUUUAAGCGACCCGACCUUCACCUUACACUGUAUUACCACCAUUUUGUUCAGCGCAGGAAGCUUGAGCUAUUAGCGAAUGCAUAUCGACCUUUACGUCUAUUUGUCUGUGUUCAGUGAGUAGUUCAAAACUUGACUCGUAAUGUUCUACAUGAAAGCCUCUCCAAGUUCCCGAAAGAAUGAUCCA